AUGGAGGGGAAGCCCGCCUUAGCACCAGUCCCUCGUCCAGAUGGGAUCGCGAUACCAGGGUCUUUGAGACUGGGCCACUUCGCCUCCGGCCGCGUGCUCGGCGCCGGUAACGGCCUUGAGUACCCGUGGCCGAAGCGCAUGUAUCGGUGCUACCUGGCUGCCCGUGAGGUGCCUAUCGCCAGCAACAGUCCAACAGAACUCCUGCUGGCGCUUGUCAAACGCCUUGACCAAGGCCUCCGCUCCCCCGGACGCUCGUCUGUCUCGCUGCGAAUGGAGUACUCCGUACUGGUGAGCAGUCACCUCAUCACGCUUUGCCCCAGGUCCAGUACGAAGUACAAGCACGAUGCAAAUACUACUUCAUACAGCCACUACUUCGCGCGGAGCAGCGUGCCACGACAGCCGAUCCUCUUCGACCCGAACAGUAAAAGAGUCCUACCGCAUCAGGCUUUUGGUCGCCCCCAUUGGCUCAUCAGCUACUCCAUGUCCCUGGUGCAUCAGCUGAGGUUCUGA